UGACUGAGUAUCCUGUAGAGAAUUUCAUUAUUCUGCCUCAGCCUGUUACUCCUCACCAGAGAAGAAGAGCGAUAAGAGAAUGGUGGCUGGAAUGUGGAUUAUUGCAUUUUAUCUCCUUGGCACUGUAGCAGGUAAAGAGGUUUGCUACCCCAGGCUUGGCUGUUUCACAGAUGAUCCACCCUGGUCUGGGAUACCAGGGAGACUUCUGACUGGUUUGCCUGACAAUCCGGAAGAGAUGAACAUCACCUUCUCCCUCUACACCAGAGAAACAGGAAAUAACUCACAGCUCAUCUCAGCAAUAAACUCCUCAACGAUCCAAAACUCACAUUUUUGCUCAAGUAGGAACACCACCUUCAUCAUUCAUGGAUUUGGCAGCACUGGAAGAGAAGGCUGGGUGGUAGAAAUGUGCUUGCUGUUACUGGAAGUGGAAAACAUCAACUGCAUUGCUGUCGACUGGAAAGAAGGUGCAAAAGGCACCUACAUCAGUGCGGUGAACAACCUCCGUGUGAUUGGGGCCGAGAUUGCCUAUAUCAUCAACAUUUUAAAGAAAGUCUCCAGAUGCUCCCCUCAUGACAUCCAUUUAAUUGGCCACAGCCUGGGAGCACACACUGCAGGAGAGGCAGGAAGAAGGACUCCAGGCAUCAGACGGAUAACAGGUUUAGACCCUGCUGGGCCCUGUUUUGAAGGCACUCCUCCUGAGGUGAGGCUGGAUCCUUCAGAUGCAAACUUUGUUGAUAUCAUUCACAGUAAUGCUGCUCACUUUCCUGCUGUAGGGCUUGGAAUAUAUAACACCACUGGUCACCUGGACUUUUACCCCAAUGGAGGAACUGUGAUGCGUGGAUGCACUGAUUUACUUCCAGACAUGAAACCAAGUGAAUUUGAACCUUUCAUUGCAGAUGCUAGUGUCUUUGGAGGGUGCCAUCACUCCCGCAGUCAUGAGUAUUAUUUCAAAAGUAUCCUUUAUCCCACUGGAUUCCUUGGAUAUCCCUGUAAAAGAUAUGAUUCCUUUGAUUUGGGAGACUGUUUCCCAUGUCCAAAAGAGGGGUGCCCAAUGAUGGGGCACUACGCUGACAGAUUUCCAGCCAAACUGGAGAGGGUAAACCAAAAGUAUUUUUUAAACACAGGAGCAGACCCACCUUUUGCUGCUUGGAGACAAAAGGUACUUAUCCAGCUGUCUGGUGCAAAGAAAAUGAGAGGGGACAUAAAACUAGUUUUCCAUGAUGCAGAGGGCAACACAAAAGAAUAUGAUAUUGCCAGUGGAGACCUCUCUGAAGACCAAGUUUAUGCAAAAUAUCUUGAUGUUGAAAUUAACCCCCAAAAAACUACAGAAAUUGAAUUUCUCUGGAACAAAACCCUAUUUACCCUUCUUUGGGCAAGACUGGGAGCAGAAACAGUCAAUAUAACUCACGGAGAUGGACAUAGGUCGACUUUUUGUGGCCAUGGAACUGUGACAUAUGGAGUACCCCAGUUACUUACACCUUGCUAGAUUACAACUGGUUCUGUACACAGCAGCUGAGCAAACCAUCAGUCCUGUGCAUGGGAAUGUUGAUACACAAGGCUAUUAAAGCAAAGCCCAAACUCUC